CACUCUUGCCAUGCUGCCGGUUUUGGUCUCUCUGAGCCCCUCCCGCCUGGCGUUAUGGGCCUCAGUGCUGGUCUUGGUCCUGGUUCUUCUCAAAUUUGUUACUUUGCUGCUGCGGAGACAGAUGUUGGCCAAGGCGAUGGACAACUUUCCUGGGCCACCCACUCACUGGCUCUACGGGCAUGCCCAUGAGAUAAAGAAUGUAGGAGGAUUGGAUAAGGUGGUGUCCUGGGCCAACCAGUUCCCCUAUGCCCACCCACUCUGGUUCGGGCAGUUCCUGGGCAUCCUGAACAUCUAUGAGCCUGACUAUGCCAAAGCUGUGUAUAGCCGAGGGGACCCUAAGGCCCCAGAUGUGUAUGAUUUCUUCCUGCAGUUGACUGGGAAAGGCCUACUAGUCCUCAAUGGGUCUAAAUGGUAUGAGCACCGAAAGCUGCUCACACCUGGCUUCCACUACAAUGUGCUAAAACCCUAUGUGGCUAUUUUUGCUGAGUCCACAAACAUCAUGCUGGACAAGUGGGAGAAAAAAGCUUGUGAAGAUAAGAGCUUUGACAUCUUUAGCGAUGUGGGUUUCAUGGCGCUGGACACACUUAUGAAAUGUACCUUUGGCAAAGGAGCCAGUGGCCUGAAUCAGAGGGGCAAUGUAUACUGCUUGGCAGUCAGGGACCUCACAGCGCUGAUGCAGCAGCGCAUGGAGACCUUCCAGUAUCACAAUGACUUCAUCUACUGGCUCACCCCACAUGGGCGCCGCUUCCUGCGUACCUGCAAAGUGGCACAUGACUAUACAGACCAGGUUAUUAAGGAGAGGAAAGCAGCCCUGAAAGAUGAGAAAGAGUUACAGAAGGUGCAGAACCGUAAACACCUGGACUUUCUGGACAUUCUCCUGGGGGUUAAGGAUGAAAAUGGGUCUAAGCUAUCAGACACAGAACUCCGGGCUGAAGUGGACACAUUCAUGGUUGCAGGCCAUGACCCCCUAACCAGUGGCAUCUCCUGGUUUCUCUACUGCAUGGCCAAAUACCCUGAGCACCAGAGUCGUUGUCGGGAGGAGAUUCGAGAGAUUCUUGGGGACCGGGACUCCAUACAGUGGGAUGAUCUGAGCAAGAUGACAUACCUGACCAUGUGCAUCAAGGAGAGUUUCCGCCUCUACCCGCCUGUGCCCCAGGUGUACCGCCAGCUCAACAAGCCUGUCAGCUUCGUGGAUGGCCGCUCUCUGCCUGCAGGUAGUCUGGUGUCCCUGCACAUCUAUGCCCUCCACAGGAACAGUGUUGUGUGGAACUGCAUUGGGCAGCAGUUUGCCAUGAAUAAGAUGAAGGUGGUCACGGCUCUCUGCCUGCUCCGUUUUGAAUUUUCUUUGGAUCCCUCUCGACUCCCCAUGCAGAUUCCCCAAGUGGUUCUGCGCUCCAAGAAUGGCAUUCACCUGCAUCUGAAGUCACUAAGAUAA